UUUCAUGCCCAUGGACAGCUGCGGAUUGAAGGAAAUAUUCUUUUGUUUGACUUGAUGUCUUAUCAAGUUUAGUACAAUUUACUAACUCGUUGGAGUUAAACAGUUAAUUUAGUAUUACCAAUAUUAUUUACCGAUGUCUGGCGAAGAGUUACAUCAUAAUCCUAAAGUCGAUAUCGAAUAUUGCAAAGUAUGUGAUUACGGAGGUCAUUGUUUAAAUCUAGCUAAAACAAUAAAAAAUAGUAGUCCCGAAGCAACGAUUACUUGCAAUAAAGGUCGUCAAGGUUCAUUUGAAGUGGUGGUGAAUGACAAACUUAUAUAUUCUAAACUACAAACAAUGGCACUACCUGAUUAUGAGGAGGUAGCAGAUGUAAUACAUCAAGUGUCAAAUGGUGCAGAACCAAGGGAGAUAAAAGGACAACAACCAGUGAACUGCAGUAUAUCAUAACAUUUAAUAAAAUAUCACAACACCAUUUACCUUAAAAAUAUAAAGAAUUAAUAACAGUGCACAAAUAUAGUUUCUCUUUGUAUCUUAAAAUUUAGUUGAAUGUUUAGACACCUAUUACCAAUACAUAUUUGAUUGCUAAAAUGGUUUUAGUUGCACACAAAACAAUAAUGAGAAUAGGACACACAGAACAUGGUAUUUGUAUUUGAACUAUUACUCUACAAUCAAUUAUGUUUUGAGGUAAUGUCCAACAUGCAAUCUUAACAUACUGUCAAUGUUAUAGUAUCAAACAAAAAUGCAGUAUUUCAGUCUUACCUUGUGUAAUGAUGUAAGUAACUAUUUUUUGUUUUCAUUACCUCUACCUUUUUUUAUAAGAAUUUUGUUAUAAGCCAUAUGUACUUUCGCAAGGGGAAUUUCUUUACAUACUGAUAUAACAUAGCCUUCUCACAACUGACAUGAAUAUACCCUUACGUUCAGUGCUACACAAACUUUUCAAUAUUUUUGCACUAAUAGUAUACGAUUGGACAACGCGUUGGCCACGUGCCGUCCACGCGUCUAACACUUCCAACAUAAAGAUUACUAUAAAAGAGAUAAUUUUGUAAUGACAAGGUAGCCCCUCGCUUUUAUUUCACAUAAGAUACAAGAAUGAUUGUUAUGUAAAAUGAUGUUAGAAAAUUUCAUUUUCUAACCAGCUUUCUGUGGGCACCUUUGUGGCUUCAAAAGUUCCUAUAUUAGGUCCAAUGAAAAUGAAUUUUGAAUAUAGAUCACUUUGCCAAAUGAUAGCUCACAUUUUAGUACUAUAAUUCAGUAUUGUGGGUGUAGAGUAAUUAAGCUGUAAAUAAAUAUGGAAAAACUUAAAAGCAAAUAAACAAAUACUUUUUUAGACUUAAACAUAAACAUUACUUACAGUAAAAAAUGUAUACAGCCAUUAUUAAUUACGAAAAUGUUUUAUACAAUGAUAGGAUUCAAACAUACAAAUUAAGUGCCGGCCAAGAAUACAAUGGUAUUAUUAAAUUUGAUGUCACUGAAGAUGAGCUUAUUCCGGCGACUUAUAAGGGAAUGGCGGAUAUAUAAUAUAGGCAUUUUCAACAAAUUUUUGUAUAAAUUAUUUAGUCAAAAAAGUACAAACAUGUCAUGGUAGAAAAAAUACAGAAUAUAACUCAAAUAAAACCAAAGUCAACAGUCCUACCGCGACGGAAAAAGAAAUGUUUAGGAAGACAAGUUCUAAUGAAAUAAAGCAAAUUGUUACUGGCCAGCACUUUAACGUUUGUAUC